UAUUUCCUCUGAAAGCUCAUGACGUUCAAAUACGUCCGCAGCGGUCGUCUGCAUCCUUUGGUUUUUAGAGAAGGCGCAAUUUAAAUCAUGUCAUAAAGCUAAUAAAUAAACCGAUUUCGCCUCUUUGUAUGCAAGCUAAUCAGUCGCAAUGCUUUUUACUCAUUGUGUUUCAUUACUCUUGGUGGCUAUUUUUAAUUGUGUGAUAGCCAUUCAAGAAAGAAAUAACAGAGCUUUCCCAGGUACUAUUAAUUCCCGAGGCAGAGCAACUUACGUUGAUUAUAAAAACAGAAUAUCAACAUCUUCCUAUGAGCAUGGAGCAGCUGAUGCGAUUCCAACUAGAGGAACGACACUAAGAGGAAAUUUAAGAUCAUCCAGUGAUAUCGCCCAUAAUGAUAUUCCUAAGCCAUAUUCUUUCGACUACAAGACUGCCGAUGAGGAUGGUAACAUGCAGUACCGUAAAGAGGAAGCAGAUACAAGUGGUACUGUAAGAGGAUCUUAUGGGUAUAUAGAUACUGAAGGUCUGUACCGAAUAGUCGAUUACGUUGCCGAUUCCACUGGAUUUCAUAUUAACACCAAGACAAACGAACCUGGAGUAGAUGGCAAAGAAGACCCCGCAGAUGUUAAUUUGAUUGUCAGUGAACCGCCGGCUGGUAUACAAGAGAAAUAUAACGAAUUUAAAGGUACUGGAGUUGGUGGUACUGGACCUUCCACAUCAAGAACUAGAGCAAGAAGGAAUGUCUUCAACAUACGGAAAAACGCAAAGUUACGCACAGCUAUUUUUGGAAUUAAUUAUCCCCACGACACUCAUCAUUUAAGUGGUACCAUCCAUGGCUUGUUCAAAUCUGGAAUAAAUUCCGCUGAGAGCAAGGAAGAUGAAUAUGAAUAAUAUAAGAAAAAUGAUUGCAAGUUUUCUAUUUUUAUUGUGAUUGCAAAGUGCAUGAUGGAAAAUAAAGAUUAUGCAAAUGUC